UUCAUUGAUCAUUAUGCAUUUAACGAAGCUCUCUCCCUUCUAUGAUGUUCCCGUGUUCUGGAAAUCACAGCGAAUAUUUCAUCCUCCACGGGGCAGGAUUUUCCUAUAUUGGCGUAUCCUGAUCUUCCGUAGUCGAGGAUAUUGAAUCGCUUAUAUAUAUUUAAUCUUACCCAGAUCAGAAAGAGGGCACUUCUUGCUGAAGACUCGUUUCUUUAACGUCGAUUGAGGAAUGAGGUUUCUCCUUAAAAUGUCGAGGAAUGAGGUUGCUCCAAUUGAAGAAUUAAGGUUUUGUUAAGGCAAUAAACAAAGGCCGCCGCUUACGACGUUUCUCAGCAAUGGCAAUAGUAGCAUCUGCCCCAGGAAAGGUGCUGAUAGCAGGUGGAUACCUUCUGCUGGAGAGGCCAAAUCCUGGCUUAGUGUUGACCACAGGAUCACGUUUCUAUGCAAUUAUAAAACCUUUGUAUGAAGAAAUAAAAGAUGAGACCUGGGCGUGGGUGUGGAUAGAUGUAAAGGUAACAUCACCCCAACUAUCUAGAGAAGCAAUGUAUAAGUUAUCCCUAAAGAACUUGGCUCUUCAGAUUGACUCUCCAAGGGAAAAAAGCAAUCCAUUUGUGGAAUAUGCACUCCAGUAUGCAGUGGCUGCUGCUAAAGCAACAUUUAGUGAUGAGCCUGGCAAAGAAACAUUGAGAAGGCUAUUGCUAAAAGGUCUUGAUGUCACAAUACUAGGUUGUAAUGAUUUUUACUCCUACAGGAAUCAGAUUGUAGCACACGGGCUGCCCUUGACACCAGAGACAUUGGUUUCUCUUCCACCUUUCUCGCCAAUUACCUUUAACUUGGGUCUUGCUAAUGGAAAAGCAGCAGAAGACAAUACAUGCAAGCCAGAAGUUGCAAAAACUGGUUUAGGAUCUUCAGCAGCAAUGACUACUGCUGUAGUUGCAUCAGUUCUUCAUUAUCUUGGGGUGGUCAAACUCUCAGUUUCAUGUAAAGAUUUAGAAGCAGAGAAGCUGAGUGCUGACUUAGAUGUUAUACAUGCUGUAGCACAAACUGCACACUGUAUAGCCCAAGGGAAGGUUGGCAGUGGUUUUGAUGUCAGUGCUGCAGUCUAUGGUAGCCAGCAUUAUGUUCGGUUUUCUCCAGAAAUUCUUGCUGUGGCUCAGGAGGAUGUCAAAGGAAUGACAUUGCAAGAGAAAAUGGCAUGUAUCCUGAAGAGCAAGUGGGACCAUGAAAAUGCUCACUUCUCAUUGCCUCCAUUGAUGACACUUAUACUUGGGGAACCUGGAACUGGAGGAUCCUCAACUCCAUCCAUGGUGGGUGCAGUGAACAAGUGGAAACGAUCCAAUCCACAAAGUUCACUAGAAUUAUGGAAAAGACUAGCAGAGGCAAAUUCAAGGCUUGAAGCACAACUUAAAAUCUUGAGUAAAUUUGCUGAAGAACAAUGGGAGGCAUAUAACAUGGUGCUGAGCAGUUGCAGCACAUGUGCAUCUGAUAAGUGGAUGGAGCAAGCUGCUAACUCCUUCCAGGAGGGAAUCACAAAAGGGUUGCUAGGAUCACGGAGUACCAUGCUUGAAAUAAGAUCACUUAUGCAGGAGAUGGGAAAGGCAGCUUGUGUUCCUAUUGAGCCUGAAUCACAGACUAGGCUUUUGGAUGCUACCAUGGAAAUGGAAGGAGUUCUCUUAGCAGGAGUUCCUGGAGCCGGCGGAUUUGAUGCAGUAUUUGCCAUCACUUUAAGGGAGUCAGCCAGAUCCAAUGUUAGUCAAGCCUGGACUUCACUAGGUGUUCUGCCCAUGCUGGUGAGGGAAGACGCCCAAGGUGUUCGCCUGGAAAGUGUGGAUCCUCGAGAAAAAGAAAAAGAUCUCUCUUCAGCUAUUUCAUCGGUUCGUUUAGAGUAACCAUGUAUCGUGUGAUCAAAAGUGAGGCCACUUGCGUAUUGGUAUAGAAGACCAUUUUUCCACUAUUUAGGUAUGAGUUGCAGACAAUUUUUGUACGAUUUAGGUAUGAACAGCAGACAAUUUUUGUACUAUGGUAUGUGCAAUCUAAUAAGAAGCCAUUUACGUGGUUCAUCUGUGUUGGAAA